CCUGGUUGGUGAAUGUCCAUAACCUAUCACAGUACUUUUCAGCAAAUAAAGGAACUAAAAGUGAGCGCCGGAAUAAGGGAGGUUACAAGUUUCUUUGGGCUAUUUUGAAGCUUCUUGUGCAACAGUUUCCCUUUUGCCCUUGAAAGAGCAGCACCAAGGGCUGACAAGAUGGGAGACAAGAAACAUAAUGUCAAAGUGCCUCUUGUUGAAGAAACAAAGGUGAACGUGCUUUAUGAAACUGAAACAUCUCUCCAGCUGGAUGCCAAAGCUGACUACCCUUACACAGGUUCAAACUCCAUCUACUCAGCAAUUCUCAACAGAAAUGAGGCUGUCAAAGAUGCCAAGCGUCUUAAGACCUUUCUGGAGCUGCGAGACAAAUAUGUGAAGAAGAAGGUUCUGUUUGAAGACCCUCUGUUCCCUGCAAAUGACUCCUCACUUUUCUACAGUAGGAAACCUUCAAUGAAGAUUGACUGGAAACGUCCUUCGGAAAUUUGUGAAAACCCCCAGUUCAUCAUAGAUGGUGCCAACAGAACAGACAUCUGUCAGGGAGAAUUGGGUGACUGCUGGCUGCUGGCUGCCAUCGUUUGUCUCACGCUGAGUGAGAAGCUGCUGUACAGAGUGAUUCCCCCGGAUCAGAGCUUCACUGAAAACUAUGCUGGCAUAUUCCACUUCCAGUUCUGGCGUUAUGGCGAAUGGAUUGAUGUGGUUGUGGACGACCGCAUUCCCACCUGCAACAAUCAGCUGGUUUUCACUAAAUCUUUCAGGGACAACGAGUUCUGGAGCGCUCUUUUGGAAAAAGCUUAUGCCAAGUUGCAUGGGUCUUAUGAAGCACUGAAAGGAGGGAACACUUUGGAAGCCAUGGAGGAUUUCACAGGUGGAGUUACUGAGUACUUUGAGUUGUCUGAGGCACCCAAAGAGCUCUACAAGAUCAUGAAGAAGGCGCUCGAGAGAGGCUCACUGAUGGGCUGCUCCAUAGAUGUUUCUUCAGCCAGUGAACUAGAAACUAGGACUGACCAGGGACUGGUCAGGGGUCAUGCCUAUUCCAUCAUAAGCCUGGAGGAGUGUGAUGAGGUCUCAAAGGACACAAGAAUUCGCCUGAUUCGUUUGCGCAAUCCCUGGGGUUUCGUGCUCUGGAAGGGAGCCUGGAGUGCAAAUUCAAAGGAGUGGUCAACCAUUUCCAUCGCAGACAGAGAAAACCUGAAAAAGCAGACCAUAGAGGGAAGUGAGUUCUGGAUGUCCUUUGAUGAUUUCACAAAGAAUUUCACCAAGCUGGAGAUGUGCAACCUGACCCCCGACACGCUGCAGGGGGAUGAAAGGCACAGCUGGACGGUGUCGGUCCAUGAGGGUCGCUGGGUGAGAGGAAGCUCUGCUGGUGGCUGUAGGAACUUCCCAGACACGUUCUGGACAAACCCUCAGUAUCGGCUGCAGCUGUAUGAGGAGGAUGACGACCCAGAGGACGAUGAAGUGGCCUGCACUCUUGUUGUGGCACUGAUGCAGAAAGGUAGAAGGAUGCAGCGCCAUCAAGGGGCUAUGUUUCUCACCAUCGGCUUUUCCAUCUAUAAGGUGCCGAAGGAGAUGUGUGGGCAGAAUCAACAUCUCCAGAAGGACUUUUUCCUCUAUACAGCCUCCAAGGCAAAGUGCAAGACCUACAUUAACCUGCGGGAGGUAACGGAGCGCUAUCGUCUGCCUCCUGGAGAGUACGUCGUCAUCCCCACAACCUUUAAACCCCACGAAGAAGGAGAGUUCAUCCUCAGGGUCUUCUCGGAGAAGCAGAGCACAUCAGAGGAAGCAGAGAACACAAUUGGAUCAGAUCAAACACAGCAAGACAAGAAAAAGAAAGAAAAGCCCAUUGUAUUUGUGUCAGACCGAGCACGUGCCAACAAAGAAAUCGGCCACGAUAUGAUUCAGGGGGAGAAGAGAAAGAAACCAAAGCAAAAACUUCUCCAACCUGAGGAGACUGAGGAGGAAAAGCAAUUCAGGGUCAUUUACCAACAGAUUGCUGGUGAGGACAUGCAGAUUUGUGCCAACGAACUCAAGACCAUUAUGAAAAAUGUGCUUUCUAAACAUAGUGACAUAAAGACAGAAGGUUUCAGCCUCGAGACGUGUCGGAGUAUGAUCGCAUUAAUGGACACUGAUGGGACGGGAAAGCUGAAUCUGCAGGAGUUCAAACACUUGUGGAAAAAGAUCAAGGAGUGGCAGCUCAUCUUCAAACGAUACGACAAAGACAAAAACUGCUCCAUCAGCAGUUUUGAGAUGAGAAAUGCUGUUAAUGAUGCAGGGUUUCACCUCAACAAACAGUUGUAUGACAUCAUAGCUAUACGCUAUGCAGAUGAACACCUGAACAUUGACUUUGAUAGUUACAUCUGCUGUUUUGUGAGGCUAGAAGGCAUGUUCAGAGCAUUUAAUGCUUUUGACAAAGAUGGAGAUGGAAUAAUCAAGCUCAAUGUGCUAGAGUGGCUUCAGCUGACCAUGUACUCAUAAAUCACGUUCUCAUCACUUGGAGCCUCGUGUGACACCAACUGUAUCACGACAUAACUCAUCAUUGCUCCAAUUUCAUUCAGCUUCAUAUUUAAUGGUCAACUUCACU